UUCUAUCCGGACUUUGACAGACGCUUCCGUUGCUCAGCGGAAGUGUGGGUCGCAAGAGGACGAUGCUUAGAAGAAUCCGCUAGCGGCUGGGUGCACAACCGGAAUCAUGUCGAGUUUGGCGGUGAGAGACCCGGCAAUGGAUCGAUCACUGCGUUCGGUGUUCGUGGGGAACAUUCCGUAUGAGGCAACUGAGGAGCAGCUGAAGGACAUUUUCUCCGAGGUUGGUUCUGUUGUCAGUUUCCGGCUGGUGUAUGAUAGAGAGACGGGAAAGCCCAAGGGUUAUGGCUUCUGCGAGUACCAAGACCAGGAGACCGCGCUUAGCGCCAUGCGGAACCUCAAUGGGCGGGAGUUCAGUGGGAGAGCGCUGCGGGUGGACAAUGCUGCCAGUGAAAAAAAUAAGGAGGAGCUAAAGAGUCUGGGGCCCGCAGCUCCCAUCAUUGAUUCACCCUAUGGCGACCCCAUCGAUCCAGAAGAUGCCCCCGAAUCGAUUACCAGAGCAGUCGCUAGUCUUCCCCCGGAGCAGAUGUUUGAGCUGAUGAAACAGAUGAAGCUCUGUGUGCAAAACAGUCACCAGGAAGCUCGAAAUAUGUUGCUUCAAAACCCACAACUGGCUUAUGCGCUGCUUCAGGCACAAGUAGUGAUGAGGAUCAUGGACCCUGAGAUUGCUCUGAAAAUUCUUCAUCGAAAGAUACAUGUCACACCACUGAUCCCAGGCAAAUCUCAGUCCGUCUCCGGCCCUGGCCCUGGCCCUGGCCCUGGCCCCGGCCCCGGCCCCGGCCCCGGCCCCGGCCCCGGCCCCGGGCUUUGCCCAGGACCUAAUGUUAUGCUGAACCAACAGAAUCCUCCAGCCCCUCAGCCUCAGCAUUUGGCCAGAAGACCCGUGAAGGACAUUCCACCGCUGAUGCAGACUCCUAUCCAGGGUGGGAUUCCAGCUCCCGGACCAAUGCCAGCUGCAGUUCCUGGACCUGGCCCCGGUUCCUUAACUCCUGGAGGAGUAAUGCAACCACAAGUUGGAAUGCCAGGGGUGGGCCCAGUGCCUUUAGAGCGUGGACAAGUCCAAAUGUCAGAUCCUAGAGCUCCUAUACCUCGUGGACCCAUGACUGCUGGCGGCCUACCUCCUCGAGGACUGUUAGGAGAUGCUCCAAAUGACCCACGUGGAGGGACUUUGCUUUCAGUUACUGGAGAAGUAGAACCCAGAGGUUAUCUGGGUCCACCCCAUCAGGGUCCUCCAAUGCACCAUGCCUCUGGUCAUGACAGCCGAGGCCCUUCACAUGAUAUGAGGGGAGGGCCAAUGGCAGAUCCCAGACUGCUAAUUGGAGAGCCCAGGGGACCCAUGAUAGAUCAAAGGGGUAUACCUAUGGAUGGUAGAGGAGGUAGAGAAUCUCGAGGGAUGGAGACACGAGCCAUGGAAACUGAGGUCUUAGACACACGAGUGAUGGAUAGAAGAGGGAUGGAGACCUGUGCAAUGGAAACCAGAGGAAUGGAAGCGAGGGGCAUGGAUGCAAGAGGAUUAGAGAUGAGGGGCCCUGGCCCGACUUCCAGAGGACCUAUGACUGGUGGAAUCCAGGGUCCUGGUCCCAUUAACAUAGGGGCAAGUGGCUCUCAGGCACCUAGACAGGUUGCAAGCAUUUCAGGAGUAGGAAAUCCAGGAGGUGGCAUGCAGGGGGCAGGUAUACAAGCAGCAGGCAUGCAAGGAGGAGGAAUGCAGGGGGCAGGCAUGCAAGGAGUGAGCAUGCAAGGAGCGGGCAUGCAGGGGGCAAGUAAGCAAGUUGGAGGCCAGCCUAGCAGCUUUAGUCCUGGGCAAAGCCAGGUAACUCCACAAGAUCAAGAAAAAGCAGCCUUGAUCAUGCAGGUUCUUCAACUGACUGCAGAUCAAAUUGCCAUGUUGCCUCCUGAGCAAAGGCAGAGUAUUCUGAUUUUAAAGGAACAAAUCCAGAAAUCCACUGGAGCUUCUUAAAAGGUUUUAGAAAAUACUUGGUUGUAGUCUCAGAAAGUUUAUCUUGUAGCAUGUAGAAUGAAUGGGUGCAUAAAGGUGAAUUCUGCAUCCCUACACUUUAAUGAUUAGGGUUUUCCUCUUACUGAACAUAAUCUCAUCUUGUCCUUUCAUUUUUCUGAUUUCCUUUAUUUUUAAUUGAGGGGAGGGGAAAGGGGAAUGGAUCUGUUUAACUCAUUGUUAAUCUACAAAAAUAACUCUGACUGUGAUUAUACCAACUAAGAAUAUAAAGAAUAUACAGCAAUAUUAAAGUGUACAAUAUGCAAACUACAUUUUAAAAAGUUUGAGUAAACUGAAAACUGCACUAAAGACUGAAAGGCAGUCUGUUAAAAUGUUAAUGUACUAAGAUAAUGUUAAGAUUUUUGGUUGUAUAACAAAGUUUACCUCAAAAUUUUAAGAUAUAUUUUUUGGUAAACAAUUCAAAAUACAAAAUCCUGCUUUGGAAGCAGUAGAGUGAUAUGUUAGGUCAAACAUCGUUUUAGUGGUUUUGGAAUUACUUAGAGCUAACAGGUGUUAGAUAUGUGGUGUUAGAGGGUUUUUUUUUUUGUUUUGUUUUGUUUUUUAAACUAUGUUACCUGAAAAACAACUGGUUUGAUAUUGCUUCAUUUAUCUGACUCUUCAGAGACCAGCAGUAUUCUGGCCUGGCCAUGAUUGAUGAUUUUGCUGGGAAAGUCGUAGGAUCAACCUGGUUACUUAAAGUCUCCUCUGGUGAGACCUAAAUAAUCUCUUAAUACCUUUCUAUUUCUCAAAUAUCAGUAAGCCAUAAAUAUGAAUGUGACCAGUCCUCUCACAUCCUUCCCAAGAAUCAGUGUUGAGCGACCAUUUGAUCUGCAUGAGUUACAUGCAGCAUUGGACUUUUCAGAAAUAGUGGGAGGUUUUAUUCAGUAAAGCCCCCAGUUUGUUGGUAACCAGCUUCUGUACACAGGUGGAAUCCAUUUGGUCCACAAGAAUCAAGAGUUAAAAAUCUUAGUCUUAAAUAUUUAACAUACCUUUUAGUUUUCAUAUUUCAUAAAUCAUUAUCUUACCAGAAUUGAGGCCCAGGUGGCAGAGAAAUUCCUAUAGACUCUGCUUAGUUUAUUUAUUACUCAUUUUAUUUGUUAAAAAUAAUAAGAACCAUUUAGUCCUUAUAUACCCAUGAGGUAUUUAAAAUCAGUAGGAAAAUGGGGCUUAUCCAAUUUCCUUUAAAACUACUACAUAAUACUACAUAAUUUAUUUUAAGCUUUGAGAAUGGAUACAUUGUACCUUACUCCAAAUGGUAAUUAAGAAAAGCAUAAACUCCCAGAUAACCAGGUGAUCUUCCUCUGAAGAAGAAAGCCAAUAUCUAGUUAACAGAGGAAAACAGUAUUUAAUGCAAGGAGAGAACUAAGACUUAGACAUGGAGUUAUUUUCCCUUUGCAAAGUUUUUAUAUUUUAAAUGGGUAAUCCACUUCUUAAUAAGUUUUCAUCCUGUGGUGUUUCCUACUACUUGCUUUAUUCUCUUGUGUGUGUGUGUGGUUGUUUAUACUGUUAAAUUUCCCAUGUUUUCUUUGCAUUUCCCCUAGUUUGGAGUGGAUAAUCCCCUGUACAUGUGUGAUAGUUCAGGCCAAUACUGAUUCAUAGAGUUGGCCUGGUUACUUUGAAAUUCUAGUUCCUGAUUCCAAAGCUUUCACUGAAGAGCUCUGAAAAAUGUUGUAGUCUUUGUCCUGGUAAAAUCUCUGCAUUGUUUAAUGAUGAAUAAAUAAAAGGGUUGUAUAAUUAAGGCUGGCCUUAGUAUUUCAUAUGCUUAAUUUUUGU